AUGGGAUUAUCAGAUAGCUUGAGCUGGUGGUGCGAGGUGAGCGUGAAGCGGAUCGGCUCGCAAGCCCUUGGGGCGUAUGGUUCGGUUCAUUCUCUUGAGCUGCUUGGAUUCGACGAUUCAGAGUGUCCAUCCUGGCCGAUGACUUUGCAGCAGUCGCCCGAGAAGCUGCUUUUCGGCGGCGGCAAAAGUGGUGGGUUAAUCGAACAAUGGAACUUGCCCGUGGCCAGGCAGGUUCACGUCAAGGCCCGACGGGACGUGUUGAGAAAUAAGGUGUGA